GAUUGCAACCAAAGUACCAAUCAAGAACAGUUGAGUUACACACAAACUGCCGUGACGUAUCUGUCAGAAAACUCAAAGAACAUUUGAGUUACACACUAUACAUUCAUUUCUCUCUCUCUGCGCUCUCUCUCUUCACCGUCCGCCGCCAUGGACCCACCACCUCCAUUACAAAAAAUCGCCAUCUCCGGCCCAACCCUCUCCUCCCUCCUCCACCACCUCUCAACCACCUCCACCUCCACAUUCUCCGGCCUCCUCUUCGGCCACGUCACCCUCACAACCCCACUCAACCUCACCGACGAUUCCUCCGACACCACCCCCACCCUCCUCGCCACCGUCACCGGCUUCCUCACCACCUCCUCCUUUCUCUCCCCCUCCGGCGAUAUCAACAUCACCACCCUCCGUCGUCUCGUCCCUCACUCCUCCUCCCUCCUUGGUUGGUUCUCCGGUCGCCGCCGUUCACCCCUACGCCCCUCCCUCCGUGAAUUCUCCAUCACUUCCUCUUUCUCAUCUCUCUCUCAAUUCUCCUCCACCAUUAACCCUAAUCCCAAUUCAAAUCCCUCUUCAUCAUCUUCACCUUCUUCUUCUUCUUCAUUCAAUUUCAACCCUAGUUUAUUCUUUCUCUUAUCUUCACCAAUUUCAGAUCAAUCCUCACACAUUCACACACAUGAUUACCGUGUUUAUCAAUUUCUAUCCGAAUCCCAAUCAUUCAACCCGGUUUCAAUAGAAAUUAUCAACAUUGGACCGGCUUUUCGGGGACAUUAUGGUUCAUUUAUCCCUAAUUCACCGUUUCCGGUUCUUGAUUGUCAGUUAAGUUAUUCACCGAUGAUUCAGGACGAUGAUAACGAGAAAUUGAGUAAGAUGAAGCAGACUUCUAAAGAUCAAAGGGAGUUGGAUGUUUGUGCUGAAGGAUAUGAGGUUAAGAGGUUGAGUAACUUGAUGGGCUCUGAGGCCAAGAAUUAUACUCAGAGUUUGGAGGAUUUGUAUUUAAAAAUGCUUGUUAAGAUUGGGAAUUUGACUACUUUGGUUGAACAGAGUUCAGCUAAGGUUCUUGAACAGGAAAAUCAUAAUAAGAAGCUGAAACACAAAAUUUUAAAAUCUGCUGCCCCAGAAUAAAAUAUUAAAAUAUCUUCGAUGGUGGAAAUUACUUCUAUUCUUUCAGAGAAGAUAUGACAAUCAACAAUGUUCGGAGUUAUGUGCCUGACCUGGAUCAUCAAGUUUCUUUUGGAAUGACUUGAAACUUGCCUUUUCCCGUUUUGAACUGUUGGGUGAGCUUUUAGUAUAUAUGGUGCAGCUCUUGUUGUUAUUGUAUUUUAGUUUUUGGCUGCUCUUCAAUUUGAAGAAGGUCUUGAUUCGGAUUCGACUUUGUAGCAUGGGUGAAUGAUUCAGUCCUUCAUAAUUUACGGAAGGUCCUGAUGUUUUUUCUCCCUGACCUAGCAUUUGCUUCAUGUAAUGAUAUCCCAACUGUAUUGUAUGUUCGUGUAACUCUUGCUUCUUUCUGCCCUUCAUUCUAAAAUAUAUUCUGCUCUAGUUUUUAAGGUGCUUUAUCGUUUAA